AUGGGAUUGCUUGAAGACGCGCGAAGACUCGCCGACACCUACGGACCAGAGGCGGUGCGACAUGUAGCAUCUGCUGCAGACAAGGCAUGGACACACGGUAGCGCUUUCGGCCAAGAGGUAGCAAAGCGUGCUGGCCCAGUCGCCUCAGACGCCAAAACCCAUCUAGAGAAGCUCAGUAAAGAGGCCGGCAAGCACGCUGCUCCAAUCGCCGGCAGUGCCUCGAAGCAUGCUAUGGAACUCGCCCGAGCCGCUUACAACAGCGGCAAACAAGGUCUACAGUCCCUACCGCAACUCCCAGACGGAUACAUCAAGGAGGAUUACGACUGGAAGUUCAUCGCACAGUUUGGCGAGGACAUGGCAAAGCAGCUUGGCACUACAGCGGGUGAUUUCUGGGACAAGUUAAGCAGCGGCGACAUCCUCCAUGACAUUGGUCAGGCCGCAAUCCCGAACAUUGCAUUUACCAAGGAGGAUCUUGCGGGAUUCAGCGAGAGGCUCAAAGUAUGGAUUCUCGCCAACCCUAAACAGUUCUCCACCUUGUUGGCUUGCAUUGCUUCGGGCCCCAUCGCUCUUGCUGUCACACCAGCCAUGCUGGGCUUUAUCGGAUUCACACCGAUCGGUAUCGCUCCCGGCUCCAUGGCCUCUGCAUUCCAGGCAGGCGUCGCUCCCAUCGCUGCGGGUAGCGCGUUCGCCAUCCUCACCAGUGCCGCGAUGGGAGGAUAUGGACUUGCGAUCGUCCAGGCGAUUGCUGUAGGCUCAAGUGUGACAGGAACCUGCGGUACCGCAGCCCUAGCAUUCUUGGAAGCUGUCAAAAAAGAUGAACAGGGUGACAAGCCAAAGACCGAGUAG